UCUCGGCAGUCUGCUACAGACAAGGGAAGCGCUUCAGCUGCAGCGGAGCCCCGUACGGCCGUCACACGCAGACAAUAGCACCGAGAGCCGUGCGUAUACGCGGGGAUCAGCGCUCUGUUUAUCCGUGCCAUUUGGAUUACUUACACCGAACAUCUCAACGACUGUUUAUCCAACACUUGUUUGGUUCCUAAUGGUGAUCGGACGCUUGAAUUGGUGAUUGUUCACACUGACGCCAUGAGUGGGCUUCUUAAGAGGAAGUUUGAGGAGGUGGAUGAGGACCCUUGCUACUCCUCUCCUUCACCCUCUUCCCUCUCCUCUGCCUGCUCAGGCUGGGACUCGGAGGGGGAGAGCUGCUACUCGGACACCCUGGAUUCCACUCCCAGCAAUCCCAGCUCCCCAGCAACCAAUUUCAACACAACAUCCAUCCUAAAGAAGUCAAAGAGAGCACGACGGGGCAAUGUGACGUUCGAUCAGGUGACAGUGUUCUUCUUCCCUCGGUGCCAGGGCUUCACCAGUGUUCCCAGUCAAGGAGGAUGCACUCUAGGCAUGAUGCAACGCCACAGUGCACUCCGCACGUAUACGCUUGCAGAGUUUGCUGUGGAACAGCAACUCCUGCGCCGGGAAAAACUUCUCAAUAGACUCAGGGAAGAGAAGCUGGAAGCUCUUAAACUGAAGUUGACAAAGAAUGGAACCCAGGAGAGUGAGGAAGCAGAUCAAAUGACAGUGGAUGACAUCCCAGAGCAGGACAUCGACAUCAGUGGAGCCAACCUAGAUGAGGGGUCAUUCCUCCAGCCUUACCCAUCUAAACGCCGCUAUGCACUGCUCAAAGCAGCUGGUGUGAAGAAGAUCGACAAGGAGGAGAAGAGGCAGCUGGAAGAGCUGAGGAUCUCCAGGGAGAAUUGUGGCUGUGAUUGCCAGGGCUUCUGCGAGCCAGAAACAUGCAGCUGCAGCCUGGCUGGUAUCAAAUGUCAGAUGGACCAUUCUUCCUUCCCAUGUGGCUGCACCAAGGAUGGUUGUGCAAACACAGAGGGCCGAAUUGAGUUUAACUCCACCCGGGUACAGACACAUUACAUCCACACCAUCAUGAAGCUGGAGCUGGAGAAGAGACUGGAGGAGCAGUCGAGCACAGAAGAGGAGGAGGAAGAGAACAUAACGGGUGCCACGUCUCUACCAGCAGUGCCCUCCUUCCCCUUUAGCACAGAGCUUACAGCAGCUGGGGAGAACAGUUGCAGCAGUGAUAUGACAGACUUAUCAGACUCUUCAGUUGAGGACUCAGAGACAGGCGAGACCCAGUGCGAGAAUCACAGCCCACUGGAUGUUGAUGAAAAAGGCCUGAGCCGCAUACUCUGUUUUAGCGACACAGAGAACUGCUCAAGAACUAGCGGGGACAGUGGGGAUAAGAACUGUAAAAACACAUGUUGCCAAGAUGUACAACAGGAACAACAGCAGCCAUCCACAGAGGCGUUUACUAGCUUUAGCAUGGUGGACUUUGCUAAUGAGAAUGACAAUACAGACGCUGCGUUGUUGGACUCUGCAGAUGAAUACACAGACAAUCGAGCAACAGCCAUUUCUGAACUUUUGGAUGAGAAUGCCAACCAGGGAAACGCUCUAUUCCACAGCAGUAGUGUACCACACACACCCUCUCCCACCAUCGAUCGUUCGGCGAGCUACAACAUGGACCUGAGCCUCUCUUCUGAGUCAGACCUGGAAUUCUUUGAUGGUUUCCCUUGUUUGGGGCCCAGCUCACUUUACAACUCCCUUAAGGAGUAUGAGCACAUGGACAACUUUUUUCAGUUUCAGUUGCCUAGUUACCCCAGUUUCCCUGCAGCAAGUGACCCUGGGACCUGCCUCCUGGAGUCACUGAUUGGCCUUUCAGAGUCCGUCCCAGAACCCCCUGCUACAUUUACAGACAAUCAGCUAAUGGAGGAAGCCAUGAAAUUGUCUGUGAUGGAAUCUGUGAAAGUUUGACUAAAUAUUAUUGAUGGUGUACUAAAACCAGGGGUUUGGAAGGAGAAUGAAAAUGCACAUAAGAUGUCAACGUGUUGGAGGAAUCUGUGAUUUCCCUCUUGCCUAAUGUUCAGAUUCCACACUUGCCUUCAAAAUGUUAGCAAAGCAGUUUGGGAUUAUCGCUGUGUGAGAUGGCAGCUAGUGUUAAAAGUGAAAUAGAUAAAUUUGACCAGGCCCAUAAAAACACCAAUGAUGGCUCUCAAUUCCUAAGAAAGCUCUUUUAACCAAACUAAGAUCACCAACCAUAUGCUAAACAGGAAUCAACUUUAACUGUUGCCAGGUUGGGAAUCUCAACACAGCUGAAUGUGCACCUCAGGGAAUUUUUUUUCUAGCUUUCUAGCUUUUGGAGGCAAUGUAUGGUGACCUUUGCUGUGAUGGCCUUCAUAUGAAACCUGAGUCAAAUUGCAACAUAGUCCUGUUUGUGUCCUCUUACUGGGCUUACAACCAGAUGACUUAAGCGAUCAGGGUCCUGGCUAUGCUAAAUCCUAAAGCUAGUGAACUUUUUCUCCUAUCUAAACCAAGGGUCUUAUAUGGUACAAGGAAAAAAAUAUCCCUCUAAAUGCUCAUCGACCAGCACUUUAUCUGUGAAAAUAGUUAUGUAUGCAUAGGCAUUGUUUUGGUGUUAUGGGAUGGAUUCAACAGUUCAACUCUAAAUUAUGGAGAUUCUUAUUUAUGUGCCAGGCAACUAAAAUGAAAGCUCAUACUCUUCAUAGCUGUAGCUGUAUUACCUUUAUUACUUUUGUUUAAAUUAUUUCCUUUCAUGAUUUAGUUUUAUUUAUUUCAGAUAAAGCCUCCUUUCAUGCGAGCAGCACUGUGGGUUUUUUUUUUUUUAACCUAAAAGUGCAAUCUUGCUUCCUUUUUUCCAUAUCGCAUUAUGGGAAAUGGGACCACAAGUCCAUCAGAAAGUAUUUAAUAUCUAUUCUCUUAUAUGUUUAACCUUUUUUGUAAGUUAUUCUGUCAUUUUAUUAGUUAUUUAAUUUAAGGCAUUUUGGAAAUAACAUGGGCUGUUGUAAAGUUUACUGGAUGUGCCUGUUUAUCAGGGGAGCCACGCCUGAUGUAUGCACAGUGCUUCCAUUUAAGCUUUGGGACUGAAAACUGUGGAAUCUCCCUAAUCACUGAAACAAAAUGAUGGGUCUAUUGUAUCGCUGCCUAUAAUAUAACCAUAGAAAAUUACACUAAUAUUUUGUAACUAAUUUAUGUAGGAUGAUGAAAAAAAUUCUAAUCACUGACAAAUUGAAUAUUUUAUUAAGGAAGUAAAAUGAGUAAUUUUCAAUCUGGGACAACCUUUGUAAUAUAUGAAUUGUAGAGAAAUGUAUACUUAUGAAGGGUAUUGCUCUCCAGCAUUCUGAAGUAUUUUUUAAAGGCAGCCUUUUGGUUGGAUAUCUUAGAGAAAUGCCACUAAAAACUAAGUAAACUGCAAAGAUCAAUUUGAUUGUACUCUGAAUUUGUUCUUGGAAGUCUGUGACUUGGGUUUAAACAUGUUAUAAAUUACACAUGUGAAGGGGCUUUGUGGAUAAAAAUUGCAUAUAUUAUACAAUUUUUAUCGCUAGCACAAACCCUGAAAUUUGAAGAGUUGCCUAAUUAUUUGCAGAACAAGACCUUUUAAGGUGAUCGUGUGCCAUCACCUGUGUGAAGAGCUGAGGGACACUAGAGUUGAUGUACAUAUCUCACCCCUUUCUACAGCUGUUUCCACAGCUUUUCUGGACCCUUUAGAAAUUAUGCAUGCAGGUCCUGUUUGUUAAAACUUCUUCUGAUUAAUUGUAUACUUUGAAAAGUGCAAAGUGCACAUUGGAAAUGUAUUAUUCGCUUUUUGCCUUUAUGAUUCUUUUUGAAAUCCAUCCGAUAUAUGUUCUUACGCCACAAGAAGGCACUAAUUUCUGGCAAGCAGACCUAUGUUUCUCUUGUAAAAUGUCAAAUCUCACAAAGAAAUUGCAACAGUGAGUGUUUAUCAGUGUAAUGUAUUACAGUACAGUUUAUUUUGUUUUCAAUACAAAGUGUCUUACUUUUUUUGCCUUUUUGUGUUGUGCAUAUUUCUGCUUGAAAGGUCCUGCAGAGCAAAUGAAGCUGCUUUAUUUUUUACAUAUUCACACAUUAACCUGCUGUUCAAAAACAGUUUGUCUCAUUUAAGCCAUUUUUGACAGCUUGUCCCUCCAAAUAAUAAUAAUAAAAAAAUCAUUUUGUAAAUGCUCAA